ACUACACGUUUCUUCCCUCAGUGGACUGCUGGGACGGGCCCGACGGGAAGCCCAUCAUCUACCACGGCUGGACACGGACCACCAAGAUCAAGUUUGAUGAUGUCGUGCAGGCCAUCAAAGACCAUGCCUUUGUCACUUCAAGCUUCCCAGUGAUCCUGUCCAUCGAGGAGCACUGUUGUGUGGAGCAGCAGCGGCACAUGGCCAGGGUGUUCAAGGAGGUGUUUGGCGACCAGCUGCUGAUGAAGCCCACGGAGGCCAGCGCGGACCAGCUGCCCUCGCCCAGCCAGCUGCGAGGGAAGAUCAUCAUCAAGCAUAAGAAGCUGGGCCCCCGAGGCGACGUGGAUGUCGACAUGGAGGACAAGAAAGAUGAGCACAAGCAACAGGGUGAACUGUACAUGUGGGAUUCCAUCGACCAGAAAUGGACUCGGCACUACUGUGCCAUCGCUAACGCCAAGCUGUCGUUCAGUGACGAUAUUGAACAGACUGCAGAAGAGGAGCUGCCCCAGGAUACACCCCCCACGGAGCUGCAUUUUGGGGAGGAGUGGUUCCACAAGAAGGUAGAGAAGAGGACGAGUGCCGAGAAGCUGCUGCAGGAAUAUUGUGCGGAGACGGGGGGCAAGGAUGGGACCUUCCUGGUGCGGGAGAGCAAGACCUUCCCCAACGACUACACCCUGUCCUUCUGGCGGUCUGGCCGGGUCCAGCACUGCCGGAUCCGUUCCACCAUGGACGGUGGGACCACGAAGUACUUCCUGACUGACAACAUCAUGUUCCCCAGCAUGUAUGCCCUCAUCCAGCACUACCGGGAGACGCACCUGCGCUGCACGGAGUUCGAGCUUCGGCUCACCGACCCUGUGCCCAACCCCAACCCCCACGAGUCAAAGCCGUGGUACUAUGACGGGCUGAGCCGCGGGGAAGCAGAGGACAUGCUAAUGAGGGUUCCCCGGGACGGCGCCUUCCUCAUCCGGAGGCGGGAGGGCACCGACUCCUACGCCAUCACCUUCAGGGCCAGGGGCAAGGUAAAGCAUUGCCGCAUCCACCGGGAUGGCCGGCACUUUGUGCUGGGGACCUCCGCCUACUUCGAGAGCCUCGUGGAGCUCGUCAGCUACUAUGAGAAACACGCGCUCUACCGGAAGAUGCGACUGCGCUACCCCGUGACGCCUGAGCUCCUGGAGCGCUACAAUAUGGAAAGAGACAUAAACUCUUUGUACGACGUCAGCAGAAUGUAUGUGGAUCCCAGUGAAAUCAACCCUUCCAUGCCUCAGAGAACCGUGAAAGCUCUGUAUGACUACAAAGCCAAGCGAAGCGAUGAGCUGAGCUUCUGCCGUGGGGCCCUCAUUCACAACGUUUCCAAGGAGCCCUGGGGCUGGUAAGGCUGAGAGGGGCUGGGCCGCUUGCUGGAUGAACUUGACUUAUCCCUUCUUGCAGGUGAGGUUCAGGUGCUGGCUGAGCUCUGGACCCCCUUUCUCUGUCGUUCCGGGCUGGCUUUGACCUUUGUACCUUCUCUGGGAAGGUGGCUUAAGACCUGCUCUAUUCAGAAAAGCGUUAAGAACCAUUUAUCGCAUCAUACUAAGUUUUAUUUUAGUUAUA